AGAAUCCUCCACCGUAGAAAGCUGACCGACUCUAGAGUUUGUUCUGUGGACAGAAUAAGCAUGGAGAAUGUCAUAUGCCAAUUUAUGAUUUACAAGCCUAAAGAGAGCCUUCCAAGGAUUUGUAUUUGUCGGGUUUCAGAUAUUACACCGUGCACUAUUUAAAUCGUCUGAAGCUCGACCCGGUAAAGGCAGCGGUGUUGUGCAUGGAAUACAAAGACAACAGGACAGAAAUAAUAUGUAUUAUUUAUUCAGUGCAAGACAAAUUCAAGCUUCAACUGGGAAAAUUGUUUGUUUUGGUCUGACACGCCGCGUGCGGCGUACAUCGACGCUGUUACGCGCGUAGAUCACCGGUCACCUGUUGAAGUUGUCCGACGCGCGGGAGGAUCGACUUGAACAGCGCUUUUACAAAUGAUCGAUCCAUCGUCCGGUCUCUAUGAUGCACUGAUUCCUCGUUAUGUUGUAGGAUGAGCGCUGAUCUGGAGCGCGUUUCGCUCAUCACAUCGGUGAACUCUGCCGGCUCGGGCGGCCGUGCGCUUUCGGCAAACGUCCGGAGGCUUCACAACGCUCUCAACCUGCUGCUCAACGCCCCGGAGAGAGAGCAGUUCAUCCACUGUCUCAAUGUGUACCACGCCAAGCGCAACGUCUUCGACCUGGUCCAGACUCUCAAAGUGAUUCUCAACACGACCGGCAAACGACAGCUGCUGCCCAUGCUGCGCCUGGUCAUCCCGAGGUCCGAUCAGCUGCUGUUCGACCAGUACACGUCCGAGGGACUCUACCUGAAGACAGAGCUGCUCCCCAGCAACAGCAACGCGGAGGGUUUUGGGGAGCAGGGCGACUCAACUUUGCAGAAAUAUAUCAGUUCCAUCCAUGAGCAGCCCCUCAUCUCAGGCUAUCCAGACGGCUUCAGCGCCGCCGCAGAACUGUCGGCUUCCAUGGCCUCGCCGUUCUUCGAGGGUCCCUUUGGAGAAGUGCGCAAAGUCCUCCUGACUCGCUCCAGGAGCCACGAGGGUCUGGGCUUCAGCAUCCGCGGGGGUUCGGAGCACGGCGUGGGGAUCUACGUGUCCCUCGUGGAGCCGGGUUCAUUGGCCGAGAGAGAAGGACUGAGGAUCGGGGACCAGAUAGUGACCGUGAACGACAUAAUGUUUGACAAUGUCACUCACAUAGAGGCAGUGAAGAUGCUGAAGGAAUGCAAGAAGCUGGCCAUUUCAGUGUGUUCCAUGGGUCGGAUCCCUGGAGGCUACAUAACUAACCACGUGUAUAGCUGGGUGGACCCUGGGGGCCGGAGCGUCUCCCCGCCACCUGACAGCCAGGAGGCCAACCAGAGGCAAGGACAGGGCAUGGAGGAGAGGACGGUUAACCUGAAUAUGGACGAUGGUCGCUCUCUGGGCCUAAUGAUCAGAGGUGGUGCUGAGUAUGGACUGGGGAUCUACAUCACAGGAGUGGACCCCGGAUCUGCUGCAGAUGCUGGUGCACUAAAGGUGGGUGACCAGAUCCUGGAAGUGAACGGUCAGAGCUUUGUCACCAUCUCCCACGAUGAGGCAGUUCACAUUCUCAAAACAGGACACCAACUGCUGAUGAAGGUGAGGGAUGUGGGUCGUCUGCCUCAUGCACGCACAGUGGUGGAUGAGACCAAAUGGAUCUGCAGUCAGGCCAUAGCUGAGACCAAUGCUACAGCUAACCCAAGUUCUGUCACCAACCCCACUGUCAAUGCUGGCAUCCUCAUUAGUGUCAGUGCCAGUGCCUGCAGUUCAAGGCCAUCCUCAGCCAAAGCUACACCUGUAUUAGGAAAGCCAGCAGUAUACAGAGGUGUAGGCCCACCAGGUGUUCAGGUUUCUCUGGAGCAGCAAGCCUACAUGCUGCUGACGGAGCCAGAGAGGCAGACUAUGGUCUACUACCUGCAGGAAUACCAGGAUGGACACAUAGGAGUGGAGCCACUGACCAUGGCUCUGUUUGAGCUCUUUAACACACAUGCAAAGUUGUCUAUGUUGUCUGAGGUGAGAAGUCUGGUGGCUCCCCAGGAUCUGGAGUUCUACGACAGGCUGGUUUUGCAUCGUGAGAGGGAGGCCCACCAGGCCUGGCAUGGAGGACUUAGAGUUCUGCAUCCACAGGGCCACUGCAACUACUCGGCCCCUAUGAUCCAUGACGCAGGACACGCCCUUCCUGAUACGACCGACUGCUCUGUUGGUGGCUGGACAGAAAAAGACCAGAAAGAGAACACUAAUGCCUUACAGAACAUUGCACUGGCUCAAAUGCAGGCUUCAGGUGAAUCUCCUUCAUUAUUCAGGGCUACUCCUCUCCAGGCUCCGAGUAGGCUGUCAAGGGAGAAGGAGCUCAGCCGGAAGCCUUCAGCCCGGAGGGUGCAGCUCGGCUCCAGCCCGCUGUUUACUGGCCCAACCCGGCUGCUCCAGGACUGCCUACACAAGUCGCUCAAAUCCCUCCCCACCACUCACCAGUCUUCACCACCCUCUGCCCACCACACUUGUGCUGGUGCCAGCCACCACACUUCCCUCAAUACACUCCAUCACACCUGCCAGAGUUCCCUUCAACUCUCUGACUCUGAACAUCACAACCACCCCCACUUUGCUCAUCCCUUCCACCACCAUGCUGCCCAAAACAGCCGGCAAAGCUCAGGUCACCACACCUGUCCAGGCUUCCUGCACCACCGGGAAUCCUCCAGCUCUGCUAAACCAGAGGCAUCUGUCAAGCUAGCUUUCAGAUCCAGCUCCUGUGAGAAGUCCUCCUUUUUGUCAAAGUCUGCCUCCUCUUCCAAAGCGGCAUCUCCCAUGCAAUCCCCUCAUCCAUCACCCCAUCCGUCGCCAUGCCCCUCCCCCUGCCCCUCUCUCUUUACACCUGCUGCUCCACUCUGUAGUCCUGAUAGGCCCUGCUCGCCUGCCCUCAUGCAGAAAGUCAUCAUAACAGACAUGAACCGGCUUUCAGCAGACUCCAGAACACAGCAAAGAGGGGCCACCCUGUCCCAGCUGUCAGACAGUGGCCAGACUCUGAGUGAGGACAGUGGGGUGGAUAUAGCCGAGGCAGGAGGCCUCAGUAAGGAUGGCAGCCCUCGACCCAGCAAGAACCAGCAGGGUCAUCUGGAAAAGCCAGGGGCCUAUGCACCUUCUCCAGGCACCAGACAUACUGGCUCACCUGUCCCAUUGCCCACUGCUACCUUGGUACGAGUGGUGAAAAAUUCCAACACCCUUGGCAUCGCUAUCGAGGGGGGAGCCAACACACGGCAACCUUUGCCGCGAAUAGUCACCAUUCAGGGCUCCUCCACAAGCCAGGACCACAAAUGCAGGAUCUACCUUGAGGCCCUUAUCAGGUAAAUAUGAUUUGUGCUUUAAUGAUGCAUUUUGAAAAUAUUUGAAUUAAAUCAACUUACCCAACUACUAAUUACUUGCUUUUGCUCACUGCCCUACGUUUUGUGGGGGCUAUCCGGGCAUGUUUAAACACAGGGGAGACCCAGGACACACCGGAGGAAUUUAAUUUAUUCUGGCCAUGAAUCACCUGGGCAUUGCCCAUGAACAGUUGGAGGACGGAGUUGAUGAGAGGGAUGUCUGACCACUCUCACUUUGUUCCACUGUGACCUCAACCUCCAUAAGCACCAGCAAAUGGAUGGAUGGAUAGAUAAUUGCUGUGCAGCUUCUGGCCACUGAGGGUCGGGGGUCCUGGGGGCAUAAACACACUGGUCGGUUAUUCAGCAUCGGUUAGUGUUCAGAUUAAAAACACUAUUCACUAUGUAUACAUCCUGCUUUCCAGACUCAAGGACAUCGGUAUCGAGGGUACUGCACUCAGGUGGCUCCAGUCCUACCUGACAGAUCCCACUUCAUUUCCCAUCACAACCACUCCUCUGCCACAGCACCAGUCACCCAAGGUGUCCCCCAAGGUUCAGUACUCGGCCCCCUCCUCUUCACAAUCUACAUCCUCCCCCUCGGUCAGAUACUCCGCCACUUCAACCUGGACUUCCACUGCUAUGCCGACGACACUCAGAUCUACUUCUGCACCAAAUCCCCCCAUAACCCACCCCUCUCCCACAUCGAAUCAUGUCUCACAGCAAUAAAAAACUGGAUGCAACACAACUUCCUUAAACUUAACACCAAAAAAACUGAACUCCUCCUCAUCGGCUCCAAAUCCACACUCAGCAAACCUCUAACCUGACACUCACCAUUGACGGCACCACUGUUUCCCCCUCCCCUCAGGCAUGCAACCUUGGCGUGAUCUUCGACCCCACCCUCUCCCUUGAGCCCCAUAUCCGCCAUAUUUUUUCCUUUUUCCACCUUCGCAAUAUUGCAAAAAUCAGACCAGCAGCUGAAAGACUGAUUCACGCCUUCAUUUCCUCCCGCCUGGACUACUGUAACUACCAUCUAUAUGGCAUCACCGCAAGCUCAUCAACAGACUCCAACUGCUCCAGAACUCCGCCGGCCGACUCCUCACACACACCAAAUCUUGGCACCACAUCACUCCAGUCCUCAAAGAACUCCACUGGCUAUCUGUCUCCCUCCGAAUCAAUUACAAACUCCUGGUCCUUACAAAGCCCUCC